UUAAACUUUUAAGUAGACCCUAAAGCCGUAUGGCGGCGUCAGUUUGUUUUGCGCUUGAAGUCCUUGAAUAUUUGUCGAAAUUCGGGUAAAUCGGGACGAAAAGCAUCACUGUUUGGUUGCCAAAAGAUACCUUAGUAAUGGGAGCGAAAGAAUAUGUUACUGGUUUAUAGCCAAGCUACCGAAAGUGGAUUCAGACAUGAUGCGGUUUGACUGGCUUUCACUGCAUUUUUUUUGUACCUGAGCCAAAGUCAGCUUGAUUUACAGAUAUUACUAAUUCUUAACAGCAUGACUGAUAAAGAGGCUAAGAUCAGCAGUAGCCUCUCUGGGGAAUCAAUCCGUGUGAUUGCUGAGUCUGUGGGCGUGACAAGUUUACCAGAAGAGGCAGCCAUUCAGCUGGCAGAUGAUGCUACCUACAGACUCAAACAGACACUACAGAAUGCAGUCAAAUUCAUGGAACAUGGCAAGAGAAAGAAGCUGUUACCUUCUGAUAUGGACCAUGCAUUGUGUAUACAGAAUGUUGAGCCCCUGUACGGGUUUCAUAGCCCUGACCUGCUGCCGUUCAGGUACGCAAGUGGUGGGGGCAGGGAGCUGCACUUUGUAGAGGAGAAGGAGUUAGAUCUACAGGACAUCAUCAAUAGUGCUUUGCCUAAAGUGCCACAGGAUGUCGCUGUCAAAACCCAUUGGCUGGCUAUUGAUGGGAUCCAGCCAGCAGUGUCAGAAAAUCCUCCUCCAGCAUCACGAGAACAGCAGAAGCUGGAGAGCCUGGAUACAGGGGUCAAGGCCGCCAUCGACAACAAGGCCGCCAAGGUCAAGCCCAUGGCAGACAAGGUCAAACACAAACUCAAGGGAGCAGAUGUUGUCAAACUGAAAAACCUAACCACACACGAACUGUCUGUGGAGCAACAGCUGUAUUAUAAGGAGAUCACCGAGGCCUGUGUUGGUCCUGACGAGUCCAGGAGAUCAGAAGCCCUCACAAGUCUGGCCACAGAUCCAGGUCUCCAUCAGAUGUUACCACGCUUUAGCACAUUCAUCUCUGAAGGGGUUAAAAUUAACGUGGUACAGAACAACCUGGCUUUGCUGAUUUACCUGAUGAGGAUGGUGAAAUCAAUCAUGGACAACCAGACACUCUACCUGGAAAAAUAUUUACAUGAGUUCAUCCCAGCUGUGUGUACGUGUAUUGUGAGCAAACAGCUCUGUAUGAGGCCAGAUGUUGAUAAUCACUGGGCGCUCCGGGACUUUGCUGCCAGGCAGAUGUCUAUGAUUUGCAAGAAUUUCAGUACAUGCACCAACAACGUACAGACGCGCAUUACCAAGACGUUUAGUCGAGCGGUGAAGAGUGACAAAGCUGCGUUUGCAACGCAGUACGGAGCCCUGGCAGGGCUGGGGGAACUGGGUGCAGAGGUCAUAAAGACAUUUAUGUUGCCCAAUAUUCGAGCUGUGGGCGAGAGAAUAAAACUGUCAUUAGAAGGCCAAAUCUUAAACAAUAUUGAUAAGAUAGCAGCCGACCAUAUCAAGAAAUUGAUUGUGAAAUUUGUCCCACCUGUAGUGAAGGUGAUCCGCCCACCGACAGACACGCCAGAUGACUAUGUGAGGGAUUAUGGGUAUUUCGGACAGAUCAUUUACACAGGUGUUCUCAAGGAACGACAGGUUGCUGUGACAACCAUAACUCCUGGCCGACCUGCGGGUAAGCAGAUACUGAUCCAGCCUCCAGGCAGCCAGCCCAGCACCCCCACAGGGGCAAGGUUUGCAGGCUCCACUGUACCCCUCCCCCGCACCCCAACCACCCCUACAGUUGGCGGACAGCAGAAGUAUGUCAUCGUCAGCUCUCAGGCUCGUACCCCCACUCCUGUCGGUCAGAGUGCACUGCAUGGGGCAGUUUCUAGCGCAAGUUCAACCCCAACCAUCGUCAAACUUGUCAACUCUCAUCAGACCACAGUCCCCACUAGUUUACCUGGGACAGGCAAACAAAGGAUCGUUGUCAUGUCACUGCCACAAGGGGGUGCUACUUCGUCUAGCCUCCAAUCUCCAGGCGUGGUGACACCAUCCAGCGCUGGGGACAUGGGUAUGAAGAGUGUGUUUAGCGUCAGCCAGGGUUCAGGGAACCCUACACCUGGGGUGCAGAAAUCUGACACUUUACCUGACCCCUGAGGACAUUUGCUAAGCAACUGGUAGAGAUAACAAGAAUCUGGCCGAAGGGUGUCAAGAAAUUUAUAACUGGCUCUUUAGCCUUCAGGGCAACUAACUUGGUGGUUCAUGUAAUGUGACAGACCUGGAAAGAAGCCAACUCCUAGCUGUAGGGUAUGGUAUACGUAGUAAGACAAAGGAUAUAACAAGUGUUCUGAUCCAGUCUCCCAUGCGAUCUGUAACUGGCUUCUCACAGACCAGAAAGAACCUGAUCCACGACUCCAGGGUGUGACACAGGGACACAGGGAGAUGUAGCCUAAGUGUCUGGAGGAUCAUGUAACUGUGUGUGGCCUAUUCUCCAAGAAGUCACAUGUACGUGGACUCAUCGAGGGUGUAGCAAGAGGUCACACCCAAGUGUCUGGAGGAUCAUAUAACAGUGUGUGGCCUAUUCUCCAAGAAGUCACAUGUACGUGGACUCAUCGAGGGUGUAGCAAGAGGUCACACCCAAGUGUCUGGAGGAUCAUA